UACCAAGUCCACCAUUAUAACCUUCACAAGAUGGAGCGGUUUAACAAACAUGGUACACUUCCCCUGCAGCCUCUCAAUAUAAGUCAUUUCACAUUCUCUGUCGUGAGAACUUUACAAUUACCAAACCAAAUACUCUGCCAGAACAAUAAAAAAAUUAAACCUUGAAUAGAAAAAAGAAACCGCAUUUAGUCUCUCAUGGGAAACCAAAUAGCUAGAGAUGCAACUGGGAAAAUCGUUUACUGGGAUGGUUCGGUUCAAGAAUUCGACGAGCCACUGACAGUGGCAGAGCUCAUGUUGGAGCACCCGCAACAAGUAGUGCUUGAUUUCCAUUCCGCUGUGAAGGAGAAAAGGCCAACGCCACUACCAGCCGACGAAAAGCUAGAGAUGAAGAAAACCUAUGUGAUGGUUCCGGUGAAGCGAGGGAAGCCUGUGUUGUUGAGCAGCGAAGAUAGUCGCCGCAUUCUCUUGAUUGUUAAUUCCUCUCUGCAUUCCAAGUAUUUCGUUUCUUCUUCGGGGUUUCUUCCUUGGCUUUCACGGUUGUUCCACUCUGAGGGAGAGGUUGUUUCAGUGUUGCAGAGAAAGGAAGAGGUGGAGGUGGAGAACACGGUAGAGAGGUAUGGUUUUUCUGAGUUUUUGCCAGAAAUGAUAGAAGGGUCGAGGCCAGAGUAUAUGAGUAGACAGUUAUCGGGGAAGGGGUGGAAGCCUAGCUUGGACACCAUUAAGGAGAAGAAAGUUAAGACAAAACUAUCUCGCUGGUUAUUGUUCCUCAAAGGUUUUUCUGCUGCAAAGAUUUAAAUAUAGAACAUAAUUUAGAUGCAAGUUGUUUAAGUGCUUUUCGUGCUAUUGUCUAAUUAGAAUUGGAAUUUAGAUUAUUGAAAUUAAAUUCUAAUUCUGAUUUGAAAAUAAUAGUAAAGAUAUUCAAGAAACUGCAUCUAAAUUUUGUGGACCACUCACAGUGAUAUGGUGCUUUAUGUGGGUGUUUAAUUUUUCGUGUAAGAGAGGUCAGGCGUGCCUUAUGUUAUGUAUGUGUAUAUCUUAGGUCUAAGAGCAUUGUUAGUUUAGGUGAAAGAAUGAGAUGAAGACCGUUCUGUUUGAUGUUAUUGAAUUUAGCAAUACCAUCAAGCACCAGCUCAGGAGAUUAGAACGUAGUUCUAUGCUACUAUAUUUGAAAAAUGUGAACUCCUGUACCUUUUUUAUGUGUUCAUUGUUCAUAUAAAUUAUCAGACUUCAUAUAUAA